UUUUAAUACUUUGCCAACCUACCUUAGGAUAUUAUUUAUGAAUCAGUAACACCACUAAAAGCAACUGUUGAAAUAAAUAAUGUUUUAAGAGUUUAAAGCAUUAGAGCAUCCCUCUUUUAAUUUAGGUGUUGUUCUUGGAUUAAGGUUUUCAGAUGGUUUUAAUGUAUUUGACUACUUGAGUAAAGAUCAUUUUCCAAGUAAAAAUGCUACAUUUCUUUUUUUAUUUUGAAUAAAAAUAAGUACUUGUAAAGAAAGUGAGUGUUUUUUCUUAUCAAAAGAAAGUGAGUGUUUCUCUACCAGAAAAAGUGAGAAAACACUUGACGUAGCAUAAAAUCACCUUAAGCGGUCCAACCGGUUUAAACCGACGUGCACGUAUGAAGUAGAGGUAACCACAGACAAUCGCCAUCAGAACUAUUUGACGGGUAGUAGUAUCAUGACGCUGUCACAAGACCAGCUCUUCCUCCGUUUUCUUCGACAUGUGGGUCCUACCUGCUCUGCUAAACUGCGAUGCAGGAGAUUUCUUGUGCUUGAAUCAAUCCUUCUUUUUACCGUUUUAUCCCUCUAUAACUUGGUCAAAGCAGCCUUGCCUUUGUCAUAAAGGCUGUGUUUGUUUUUCUAGUUUUCUUCGAACUAUUUACGAAUCUUGUCUGUGUUUUGUCCCUCGAAUAUUUUCUAAAGCCGGUUUGACUAAACUGAUUCUUGCUUUUUUUAUUUUGUAAUAACAUGUGUUAUUGUAGUUUUUGUUUUUUGACAAAUGGCUUUCAAAUUGCAGUUUCUUUUCAACUAUAUUAAUAUCAUUAAAAUACCAGUAUAUAUAAUGAAAAGAGAAAUGUAACAUUUUUUUUACCUUCGAAAAUGUAAUAUUUUCUUAUUAAUCAUUCAUCUGUCUAAAAAAUCAAAAUUGGUCAUGGUCUAAUUACAAAAAAAACAAGAGUCUGAAUUAUUAACCAAUGAAAUAUUAACUAUCUAUAAAUAAUCACACUUCAUAACUAUUUGGUCUGUAUUCAUUCUGCUUGAAUUGCUUUUUAUGUUUCAUGUGUAUUUUUUAAAGCUUCCCUAUUGGAAGCUAUUAAAUUACUUUAAAGACAAUAAUUGUCGUGUAAUUCUGAACCUAUAGUCUAAACUUGUCCUAUGUACCAGUUAAAAAUGACAGAAUACAGCAAAAAGCUUCUUGAUAGAUUCUGCCAAACUGUUGUCAUUAUUUAUUUAAUUUACCAAUUGCUUUCUAUCGUCGUUACCUUUUUAGUCGUCUAUGUUAGUUGCUACCCUUUUUUCUUCUUUAAAGAAAAAACUGAAACUUGCCCCAAAACAAGGAGAGACGAGUGUAAAGAAUAACAUAGAAAAUCUCGGCUCCUAUACCAUUGACGAGUGCAUCGCAUUUUUUUUCUGGUUGGUUCAAUAAGAAGUAGACUUUUGUGCAAGUCCAACCUUGAGAGUUGUCGAUCAAGUGUUAGUCUUUGUGGGAAACCAAUUUAACUCAUAUUUACUCAUGAAACAAGUGUGACAAGAUUUGUUCACAUGUUUCCACCAUCCUGAUAAACGGAAAACCACGCCCGACAAUGUCAUUCAACAUUAACUAUAUUUUUCUUAUUUUAUUUGAGUUGGAAAGUGACAAUAUUAAACAAUUAUACCAUACUAAUAGUUUCAAAUUUUGUUUAUAUGGAAAGGAUUAGUAAAUUGGAUAUUUAAUCAAAAAUAUAACUAAAUAUAAAAUGGAAAAUAACAAGUUUAUUACAACCGAAUAUUUUGAUAUUUAUAUUCUGAAAUUUCAUUGUAUAAAUGUUAGCCAAUAUUGGAAAAAAAAUUGAUAGCCAAGAAUAAAAAUCACAUUAGAUCGAAAGAGAAAAAUGACAUAAUCGAUACUCUAUAAAACGUCUCAGUGAAAACAUCAUUAAGUUUUACUUCUUUUGUUUGAUUAUUCUUUCAGAACUAGUUAUAUAUUUGGUUAUACUUAAUAACUUGUUAUAUUAUCAUAAUGAUACUUAAUACCUUAGUACGGUUGUAUUUGUAACCACAAUCGUACUUAAACGGAAUACUAUUAAAGUGUUGAUUAUACAUGGGCAUUAGGCAGCUACAAAAUACUGUAAGAAAGAAGUACUCAGCGUGGGUCAUACAUCUGAAAGAAACUGUUCCAAAUCACAGAUUAGCUACCAAACUAUUUUAUAUAUGUCACAAAUUUCUAAAUAAAGCUUCCUUAAUCUUUUACUAAAAAAGCUUCCUUAAUCUUAUAUGCAUUUUACUUUUCUCUAUAGGUUCGGAAUACCCAAAGUUAAUAAAAAAAAUGAAAACCAUCAAACACCAUUGCCUUCAAAUAUAAUAUUUCUAGGGCUCAUGAGUUGAAAUUUGUAUACAGUAUUAGGGAGUAGACAUACAAUUAAUAAAAGAAUCCACCACACACAAGCACUGCCAUUUGAGGUGUGAUACGGGAAUAAUUAACUGCCUUCAGUUUAGGUGCGAUUGCAUAUUAAAUUUUAACAAACUACACAAAUAAAUUCAAUAUUAUCAUAUUUACUUACUCGCCUAGCUAAUAUUCAUUAAUAAGGAGGAAAAAUAGAAACCUAAAUAUAUCUUUUUUUUUGGAAAGAUAAUACUAAUAGAGAUAACCUAUAAUUAUAUUACAAUAAGUGGUAAUAAUAUGCUGACAAAUAAAUUAUCAUAAAAAUACUUAUAAAUGCAAGAAAAUAUAACUGCUACGAGAUUUCUUGUUUAACAUCAAGUGUUUUUUUUUUAUUUAUACAUUAAAUUAAUUUGAUACAUAAAUGAUCAAAUAUACUGCUAAAAUACUAAAACUAUGUGCUAUCAGAAAAUUGAUUUAGAAGGCUAUAAUGUGUUACUCACUACCUACUCCUUUUCCCAUGUUCCAUUACAUAUAAUUCAAGAAUGUAUUAAUCAUAUUUUUUAUUUUUGUACAUUAAAGCAACAAUUUCUUUUUAAUAAACUUAAUUUAUCUUGACAUAACGUAUUAAUGUAAAUAAUAAUAAAGUAUUAAUAUAAAUAAUCAUAAAUAUCAAAUAAAUUUAAUCUUACAUAGAAAACUGUGUCAUUUUAUAAAUAGAACAAACAAAACUUUUUAUACAUGUUAUAUUAUUGACUAGAGGGGAUAUUUUAAAACUAAUGAAACACAAUUUUAUAAUUGAAAAAUACGGUAUAGUAAUAAUUUAUUAAUUUUAUAAUUUAUUUUUAUUUGAUUAAAUUGUUUAGAGAAACAAAAUUUGAAGUUUUGGCAAUUAAGCUCCGAAAGUUAAAAGGAGAAUAGCACGGGUCCCAUAAUGUUCCAUCCAACGGAUGAGAUCAAACCACGACAUUAAAGAUCAAAUCACGCGUAAACGAGCUGAUGAAGACGUAGGGGUAAGAUCGUCAUUUACAAUGGACCGGCAGAAUUUAUUAGCCCGUACACGAGGGGGCAAAAGACUCAUUACUCAGCUCUGUUUAUUUAAUUUAUUUCUAUAAAUCCCAAUUUUUAUUUUCUUGUUUUCACAUUGAAACAUUGUGAGAGAAAAAAAGGCAAAAAACAUAAAAGGAAGAUCCGAAAAUUUUCCCACGAAAAUCUCAGAAUCUGGGAAAAGAAAAGGAAAAUUAACAAGAUCGUUUUUUUCAGUUUUAACAUUUGUUUCUUCUUCGUUUGAUCAUUCAUCGGAGAAAAGGAACAAAUCUAUUUCCUUAUUUUAAUAAUCACAGAUUUUUCCUUUUUAUUGAUCAUUGUGAUCAUCGUCCUCUACUUAACAUACACUCUGUAUAAGAGACGAACAAGAGUUUUUUUUUUAUCUUUGCUGUGUUGUGUUAUAACGAGCCAUGUCAGAAACUCAGAACUCAACUGAGACGGUUCGAUCUUCGGACAAAACUGAAGAUACCUUGACGAGGAUGAAAGUUAAUGAGGAGAACAUGGAGCAAUCAAGUCCAAGUCCGUAUCCUGAUCGUCCCGGUGAGAGAGAUUGCCAAUUCUUUCUGAGAACUGGGCAGUGUGGCUAUGGAAACAGCUGUCGUUACAAUCAUCCUCUUUCUCUUGUUCCACAGGCUGUCUCAUAUCACAGAGACGAACUGCCUGAGAGGAUUGGUCAGCCAGACUGUGAGUAUUAUUUGAAGACAGGAGCGUGUAAGUAUGGCUCAACGUGCAAAUAUCACCACCCUAAAGACAGGAACGGUGCUGAACCGGUGCUGUUUAAUGUUCUAGGCUAUCCUAUGCGACAGGGUGAGAAGUCAUGCCCAUAUUACAUGCAGACAGGAAUGUGUAGAUUCGGAGUUGCCUGCAAAUUCCAUCAUCCUCAUCCUCAGAAUGGCCACUCUACUACUACAUAUGGAAUGUCUAGCUUUCCUUAUACGAUGAUGUCUUUGCCUCCUGCAACGUAUGGAGUUAUGCCACCUCCUCAAGUUCCUUACCCUCAGGCCUAUAUUCCCUUCAUGUUUGCACCUCCUCAAGGCUGGUCCCCUUACAUGGCAGGAUCUAACCCUAUUUAUAAUGUGAAAACUCAGCCUGACUCAAGUUCUGAAAGAGCUGAGUGUAGGUUUUUUAUGAACACCGGGACGUGUAAAUACGGAGAUGAUUGCAAAUACAGUCAUCCGAAAGAAAGGAUGUUAGAGUCACCACCAAAUCUCUCACACCAUAUUGUUCUUCUUCCAGCUAGACCAGGACAACCUGCAUGUGGUAACUUCAAGGCAUACGGUUUCUGCAAGUAUGGACCAAACUGUAAGUAUGAUCACCCAUCUUCGCCUGUCUCAACUCAACCGAGGAGCUCAACACCACCAAGCCGCUCUGACUCAACUGCCAUCUCCAAUGGUGAUAAACCUGGUGCGGAAAAUAACAGCUCAGAGAUUGAGAAACAGGACGAAGAUAUAUCAGACAAGUCUGAAGUGCAGGAGUCAUCACAACUAAGCGGCUCUGAUUCAACUGCCAUCUCCAAUGGUGUUAAACCUGCUGCAGAUAAUCACAGCUCAGAGGUUGAGAAACAUGACGAUAGCUCGGACAAGACAGAAUCACAACUUAGCGGCUGUGAAUCAACUGUCAUUUCCAAUGGUAAUAAACCUGCCGCAGAGAGUCACAGCUCAGAGAUUGAGAAACAAGACGAAGAUAUCUCUGACAAGGACUGUGAUUCAACAGCCUUGUCCAAUGGUAAAACUGAUGCAGAGAGUUCAAGUUCAGAGAUUAAGAAACAGGAAGAUAAUAAUGCUUCACAACGGGUCAACUGAGGAAAGCAGGACUCAUCCGGUAAUGUUUCAUGAUCAUGACUUCAGAAUCAAUAUCAUCAUCAUCAUCACAAUCCUGGUUUCUAACAAUCUCAAAUGAUUCCCUGCCCUUUUUGUUAAUUUUUUUGGAAGGAGGGCUUGGAAAUGUUCUAUCUUUUUGUGCUCUCUCUUUUUUUUUUUUUUUUUAAUUUGGUUUUGGAAACUGCCAUUGCUGAAACAAAAUAGGAAGUGAACAGUGUUUUUAAAUUGGUUAAUAAAACUUGACUUCAGUUAGCAA